AUGAGCGCAGCAGCAGCAGAACCCGGAGCCAGAGACGCCCCCUGCUUGGGGCCCCCCCCUGUCCUCAACAUCUACCAUGCUGCAGCAGCAGGACUGUCAGCAGCGCAGCAGCGGCGAAUUGUUUUGCUGAAGAAGAAGAUAAGGGCGGAGCAUGCGCGGCUUUUGAAGCUCAAGGAGGCCAAGCUGAAGGAGCUGCAGCAGCAGCAGCAGCAGCAGCAGCAGCAGCAGCAGGGGAGGAAGGGGCAGCAGCAGGAGGGCGCUCAAGCCCUCUCCAAGGAGCAGCAGGAGCAGGAACUGCGCAAACUGCAGCAGCAGCAGCUGCAGCAGCAGCAGCUGCAGCAGCAGCACGAGCUGACCUAUCCCCUCACCGGCUUUGAAGUCCACUGGGCAGACGACCAACAAAACCUCGUCAGGCCGGCGCUGAGCGAGGGGUCCGGGGCGGAGGCGAUAAGCCUGCUGGUGUACACUUUGGAGCGGGCGUGUCAGUCGCAGCAGCGGCACGGAGCUGCUGCUGCUGCUGCUGCUGCUGCUGCUGCUGGACUUUGUUUGCUGCUGGACUACAACAAUUACUCUAAUGACAAUCAGCCUUCGCUGCCGACGGCGCUGCGCUUCGUCCAGCUCUUCCAGUGUAUCUACGCCGAGCAGCUCGCGGCGGCUUUCCUCGUGGACACCCCCUGGUACUUCUCCACUUUUUGGAAUUGCAUUUCUCCUUUUCUUCCGUCGCGCACCGCCGCGAAAAUAAAAUUCAUUUCGACUUCAAAUCCGGAAGAAGUGAAGCAGAUAUUUGACGCGAUCGACCCCAAGUACGUCGAGUCGUGGGUGCCCGGCGGCGAAGCCACCUCCAAGUACGACCACGAGGCUUACUGGGAAGAAGAAAAUAAACAAUUUGAGACUUAUAUGAAAUUUCUUCAACAAGAAUUCUUCAAAAAGUCGAUGGCUCAGCGCAUUGCAGAAGACGCCGCCUUCCACGCGGCCCUGGCCAGCGGCAAGUCCGUGGAAGAGGCCACCGAAAUCGCCAGGAACACCACCGCGAACAAAGCCCCCGCAGGAGCAGCAGAUGACAGCGCAACAGCAGAAACGCAAGACGGAGAAGAAGAAGCUGAAGACAGUGACGAUCCGGACACUCCGGAGUCUUUAGAAGACGAGCAGAAGCGUUUGCUGCUGCAGGAGGCGCUGCGGAAGCAAGCAGAAGCAGAAGCAGCAGCAGCAGCACCAGCAGCAGCAGCAGCAGCGCCAGCAGCAGCAGCAGCAGCAGCAGCGCCAGCAGCAGCAGCAGCGGCGAAGCCUCACGCCGCUGCGCCUAGUAGCUCUUAA